AUGGUUGAUUUUUCUAGGGAGAACUCGUUCGAAAGUUGAAGGAUGAGAAGGCUCCUCAGAUGGAUGUAGACAAGGCAGUAGCUGAACUCAAAGCUCGAAAGAGAAUCUUAGAAGCGAAGGAGCUGGCUUUGCAGCCUAAGGAUGACAUCGUGGACAGGCCUAAAAUGGAAGAUACCUUGAAACGAAGAUUUUUCUACGACCAAGCAUUUUCUAUUUAUGGAGGAGUGAGUGGCCUGUAUGACUUUGGUCCUGUGGGUUGUGCUUUGAAGAACAACAUAAUUCAGGCCUGGAGGCAGCACUUCAUCCAGGAAGAGCAGAUUUUUGAGAUAGAUUGCACCAUGCUCACACCUGAAGCUGUUCUGAAGACCUCUGGCCACGUGGACAAAUUUGCAGAUUUCAUGGUGAAAGAUGUGAAAAGUGGGGAAUGCUUUCGAGCUGAUCACCUCCUGAAGGCUCAUUUACAGAAGCUGAUGUCAGACAAGAAAUGCACCGCGGAGAAAAAGAUGGAAAUGGAGAACGUGAUCACGCAGCUGGACAACUACAGUCAGGAAGAGCUGGCGGAUCUGUUUGUGAAUUACAGCGUGAAGUCCCCCAUUACAGGAAAUGACCUCACUUCUCCGGUGUCUUUCAAUCUUAUGUUCAAAACCUCUAUUGGGCCAGGAGGAAACAUGCCUGGGUACCUGAGGCCAGAAACCGCACAGGGGAUCUUCCUGAACUUCAAACGCCUUCUGGAAUUCAAUCAGGGCAAACUGCCUUUUGCUGCUGCUCAGAUUGGGAAUUCCUUCAGGAAUGAAAUCUCUCCUCGCUCGGGUCUCAUCAGAGUCAGGGAAUUCACAAUGGCAGAAAUUGAACACUUUGUGGACCCCAGCGAGAAAUAUCACCCCAAGUUCCAGAAUGUAGCAGAUCUCCACAUCCUCUUGUAUUCUGCCAAAGCCCAGACUAGCGGGCAGCCAGCUCGUGUCAUGCGUCUGGGGGAUGCGGUUGAGCAGGGUGUGAUCAACAAUUCCGUGCUGGGCUACUUCAUUGGCCGGAUCUACCUCUACCUCACCAAAGUUGGCAUCUCUCCAGACAAGCUUCGCUUCCGGCAGCACAUGGAGAACGAGAUGGCUCACUACGCCUGUGACUGCUGGGAUGCGGAGUCCAAAACCUCCUACGGGUGGAUUGAAAUCGUUGGCUGCGCUGACCGCUCCUGCUACGACCUCUCCUGCCACGCCAGAGCCACCAAAGUCCCUCUUGUGGCCGAGAAGCUUUUGAAGGAGCCCAGAAUCGCCAAUGUGGUUCAGUUUGAAGCAAGCAAGGGAGCCGUUGGGAAGGCGUACAAGAAGGAUGCCAAACUCGUGCUGGAGUACCUUUCCAUCUGUGACGAGUGUUACAUCAGUGAGAUGGAGAAAGAGCUCAGUGAAAAAGGGGAAUUUACUAUUGAAACUGAAGGGAAAACGUUUCAACUAACGAAGGACAUGGUCACCGUGAAGCGAUUCCAGAAAACCUUGCAUGUGGAAGAGAUCGUUCCCAAUGUGAUCGAACCUUCGUUUGGAAUUGGAAGAAUCAUGUAUACAAUAUUUGAGCAUACAUUCCGCAUCAGGGAUGGAGAUGAACAGCGAACGUACUUCAGCUUUCCUGCUGUUGUGGCACCCUUCAAAUGCUCCGUCCUUCCCUUGAGUCAGAAUCAGGAAUUCAUUCCGUUCGUGAAGGAACUAUCUGAAGCUCUUACCAGAAAUGGAGUAUCCCACAAAGUGGAUGACUCCUCUGGAUCCAUUGGUCGGCGGUACGCAAGGACAGAUGAAAUCGGUGUGGCUUUUGGGAUCACGGUUGACUUUGACACCGUCAAUAAGACGCCGCACACAGCCACCUUGAGAGAUCGCGACUCAAUGCGGCAGAUACGGGCCGAGAUCUCAGAGCUGCCAGCCCUGGUUAGUGGCCUGGCCAACGGAAACAUAACUUGGGCUGACGUGGAGGCCAAGUAUCCUGCCUUUGAGGGACAAGAGACCGGCAAAAAGGACGCAAUAGAGGUCUGAAGCGAAUACCGGAAAGAAAACCUCAUUGUGAAGUCCACUUUCUAUCGUCCACGUUAAUAGGGAAUUUAUGAUAUGCAUUAUUUGACAUGGCGUUGUUCGCACACCCAGGGACUGUCUGGUUAUCCACUCUGCCUAAUUUUAACUCCCAUCUCCAGUAACUGCAAUUAAAAUGGCUAAAAACGUG